AUGUCCAAGCGGCGGCAGCAGCGGCCGCGGCAACAUCUCCGGCUCCGGCUCCGGCUCCGGCUCCGGCUCCUCCCGCUCCCGCUCCGGCCCCGCUCCGGCCCCGCUCCGGCCCCACGCUCUCGGGCCCCGUGCCCCGACCCCGCCGCCGCGCCUCCGGGGGCCUCGGGAGCCCCCGCCGCCCGCCUCACGCUGAAGUUCCUGGCCGUGCUGCUGGCCGCAGGCAUGCUGGCGUUCCUCGGUGCCGUCAUCUGCAUCAUCGCCAGCGUGCCCCUGGCGGCCAGCCGCGCGCGGGCGCUGCCCGGAGGCGCCGACAACGCCUCGGCCGCCGCGGGCGCCGCGGCCGCGUCCCCGGGCCCGCAGCGCAGCCUGAGCGCACUGCACGGUGCGGGCAGCUCUGCCGGGCCCCCCGCGCUGCCCGGGGCGCCAGCGGCCAGCGCGCACCCGCUGCCGCCCUUGCCCCUCUUCAGCCGCUUCCUGUGCACGCCGCUGGCAGCCGCCUGCCCGUCGGGGGGCGAGCAGGGCGACGCGGCGCUGGGCGAGCGCGAGGAGCUGUUGCUCCUGCAGAGCACGGCCGACCAGCUGCGCCAGACGGCGCUGCAGCAGGAGGCGCGCAUCCGCGCGGACCAGGACACCAUCCGCGAGCUCACCGGCAAGCUGGGCCGCUGCGAGAGCGGCCUGCCACGCGGCAUCCAGGACGCCGGGUCCCGCCGCGACACUAUGGCCGACGGGCCCUGGGAGUCGCCCGCGCUGUUCCUCGAGCUGGAGGACGCCGUCCGCGCCCUGCGGGACCGCAUCGACCGCAUCGAGCAGGAGCUCCCAGCCCGCGUGAACUUCUCAGCUGCCCCUGCGCCUGUGCCCAUGGUGCCCACUGCCCUGCACUCCAAGAUGGAUGAACUGGAAGGGCAGCUGCUGGCCAAGGUGCUGGCACUGGAGAAGGAGCGCGGGACCCUCAGUCACAGCAGCCACCAGCAGCGGCAGGAGGUGGAGAAGGAGCUGGACGCCCUGCAGGGCCGCAUAACGGAACUGGAACACGGGUCCUCAGCCUACAGCCCCCCUGACGCCUUCAAGCUCAGCAUCCCCAUUCGCAACAACUACAUGUACGCCCGCGUGCGGAAGGCGCUGCCCGAGCUCUACGCCUUCACCGUCUGCAUGUGGCUGCGGUCCAGGUCGGGCAGCUCUGGCCAGGGCACCCCCUUCUCCUACUCAGUACCAGGGCAAGCCAAUGAGAUUGUGCUGCUGGAGGCGGGCCCCGACCCCAUGGAGCUGCUGAUCAAUGACAAGGUGGCCCAGCUGCCCCUGAGCCUGAAGGACAAUGGCUGGCACCACAUCUGCAUCGCCUGGACCACGAGGGAUGGCCUGUGGUCUGCCUACCAGGACGGGGAGCUGCGGGGCUCCGGAGAGAACCUGGCUGCCUGGCACCCCAUCAAGCCUCAUGGGAUCCUUAUUCUGGGCCAAGAGCAGGAUACCCUGGGAGGCCGGUUUGAUGCCACCCAGGCCUUUGUGGGUGACAUUGCCCAGUUUAACCUGUGGGACCAUGCCCUGACAUCUGCCCAGGUCCUGGGCAUUGCCAACUGUACUGGACCGCUGCUGGGCAACGUCCUCCCCUGGGAAGACAAGCUGGUGGAGGCCUUUGGGGGUGCAACGAAGGCUGCCUUCAGUGCCUGCAAGGGGAGAGCUAAGGCAUGAGGGGCCACCUCACCAAGGGCCCCUGCCAGUUUGGGGACCUUACAGGAGGGGGAACACAUUCCCCCCACACUGGCCUCCCCUCCUGCUCCACUCCUGACCAUGCCCCUCAUUUCCCCUACCUACACCCACACCUCCAGAAUGCCCUGCCUAUGAUGGCUGCCCCCUGAUCCCACUUGGAGGGGGACAAGCAGCUCAAGUCAAUAAGUCAAGCCUGGGUGAGGCCAGGGCCUGGCAGGGGUGGAUAGCAGUGUCCAUGGCUCUGCCCACAGCCAUCUCUUACCCCUGCCACACCCUGUCCAUCAACCAUAUCUGAUUCCACUGAU